AUGGAGGAGUGGCGGGCACCUCUAUUGAAGCUGGCCAUGCAUGAUGGAACUGCAGCGUUCUUGGUCCUCCGACUCCUGCCUCCAAGAACCUGGUGGCAGCUCCGUGCGCUGUCCGUAGAAUGGAGGCAGCUGCUGGAUGAUCAUGCCGGAAGCUGUACGGACAGGUCAACAAGAUCCCAAGUUCUAGGUGAAAUGCAGCGCGGUUGUUUCGGACUGGUGAAAUUGCUAGUGGAGGCCGCGGGACCUUUAAAGACGGCGAAUGAAGAGGUGGAUUUCGCAGGCUGUGUUUACCGGGCUGUGCACCACGGGAGCAUAGGUCCGCUUCAACAGCUUCUUCGACCUCUUGCAGUUGAGUCAUUUGCUCGCCAAGCUUUUGCUGUGGCCGUCAUUCGUGAGGCAUUAGUGCAAGCUGCGGUCGCAGGUGAUGCGGCAACUUGUCGGGCAGUACUGCAGCAACAUGGACCAAACUCUGCUGCUGCACUUUCACGCAGACUGGGCACUGAUGAUGCCCUCAGAGCACUCAAGGCUGCUUCUGAUUGGCAUCUCAUGAGCCCUGACGAUGUCUCGGACCUGAGGCGUCAGGCUGUGGACGAGGUCUUGAAGACCGUUUUCUGA